GGCCGUCGGGGGCUGAAAAGGAAGAACCCGGUCUGGGGCUGCCCCUUAAACGCGAAGCGGAGCCGGUUCGGGCACCAUGGCUCCAUCUUGCAAGAGCUGGCUCGCCAACGAAGGAAGCAAGCAUCUUUUCCUGCUGCUCUGGCUCUGUCUCAACGUAGGAUUGUUUUGGAAAACUUUCCGACUGUAUUAUUGUGAACCGCAGUACUUCUACUUGCAUCAGAUGCUGGGGCUAGGGUUGUGUCUCAGCAGAGCCUCCGCUGCUGUUCUUAAUCUCAACUGCAGCCUGGUCCUGCUGCCCAUGCUUCGGGUUCUCCUGGCGCUGCUUCGCGGCUCUCGGAAGUUGCCCAGCCGAAAAGCUAGGAGGCUGUUAGAUAAGAGCAAGGCUUUCCAUGUGACCUGUGGACUGACUGUAUGCAUCUUUUCAGUGAUCCAUGUUGCCGCCCACCUGGUGAAUGCCUUGAACUUCUCUGUGAAUUACAGCGAAGAGUUCCUCGCACUCAAUGCAGCCAGCUACCGUGGUGAAGAUCCCAGGAAAUUCCUUUUUACAACAGUUCCUGGAUUAACUGGUGUCCUUAUGGUGCUAAUCUUGUUCCUCAUGUCGACCGCAUCCACUUAUGCCAUUAGGGUUUCAGAUUAUGACAUAUUUUGGUAUACCCACAACCUCUCUUUUGUCUUCUAUUUGCUGCUGAUGCUGCAUGUUUCUAGAGGAGUUCUGAAAUACCAAACCAACCUAAAGGAGCACCCCCCUGGGUGUUACAGUCCCAAUGGGACCAUUGAAGAGGACAUUCCAUUUGAAAGGGGCUUCAAACCAUCGCUCACAGAAAGUACCGUAGAGCAUUUCCCAGGACCGCCGAAGGAGCUAGAGCCACUUCUGGAAAGCGACUUUGCUUGUGCAGAAGAGCCAAAAUUCCAAGCCUGUUUCCCUGAGACUUGGCUUUGGAUUUCUGGGCCGCUAUGCUUAUAUUGUGUGGAAAGGCUGUACCGCUACAUCUAUAGCAGUUAUAAACCUGUCACCCUCACUGCGGUGAUCAACCAUCCAUGUGAUGUCCUUGAAAUACAGAUGAUGAAGGAAAGCUUUAAGGCGAGACCUGGACAGUAUGUCGUUCUGCACUGUCCAAGCGUGUCCUCUCUGGAAAGCCAUCCCUUCACUCUUACAAUGUGCCCAACAGCUACCAAGGCAACAUUUGGAGUGCACAUUAAAGUCGUAGGAGACUGGACAGAGAGAUUUCGAGAUCAGCUGCUGGUACAUUCAAGUUGGGAUGCCGAGAUUCUGCCAGUCUUUCAUCAAAGAUGUUAUCCUAAGCUGUAUGUAGAUGGUCCCUUUGGGAGCCCCUUUGAAGAAUCUUUCAAUUACAAAGUCAGCCUGUGCAUAGCUGGAGGCAUCGGAGUAACUCCAUUUGCAGCUAUCUUCAAUACUCUGCUGGAUGACUGGAACCACUACAAACUCAGAAGGCUUUACUUCAUUUGGGUGUGCAGAGACAUCUUGUCCUUCCACUGGUUUGCGGAUCUCCUCUGCAAAUUGCAUAACAAGCUCUGGCAAGAAAACCGACCAGAUUUUAUCAAUAUUCAGCUGUACCUCAGUCAAACAGACGGGAUACAGAAAAUAAUUGGCGAGAAAUACCAAGUGCUGAACCGCCGGCUUUUCAUUGGACGGCCGCGAUGGAAACUCCUAUUUAAUGAAAUAGCCAAGUAUAACAGACAGAAAACAGUUGGCGUUUUUUGCUGCGGCCCUCGCGGAAUCUCCAAAGCUGUUCACCGACAAAGCAACAGGGACAAUCCUUAUGGGACAAGGUUUGAAUACAACAAAGAAUCAUUUAGCUGAGAGCACCUGGGGCUUUCCAAGGACUGCUUGAAGACUUGAGUGCAAUUUUAUUUUGGUUAGAAAAAAAAAAAAUCAACGGGCUCUCCUUUAAUCACUUGUACCAAAGCCUCUUUUUUUCUUCUUCCUUACUUUCUCUUUUUCCCGAUAAUUUAUAACUAUUUAAAUCCAGGAAGCAUUAAAAAAAAGAAGAAGAAACACAUUCCUUCUGGAUACGCAAAAAAUAAAUAAAAUUGAC